UUCCAUUUUUUAUUUCUGGCCACAGAAUCCGAAGAAAUGUCAUCUGACGGGCUCUCGCCCUAUCCAAAAAUGGUGGGAAUUGAUUGGAGCAUUUUAAGCGUUGUUGAGUCAAAUGGUCAAGUCGAUAUUGAAGAACCACUUGCUGAAGUUUCAUUUCAAGCAAUUUCGCAAAACGGCACUGAACAAGUAAAAUUGCUUUGUAACAAAAAUCAGCUCCAAGAUUUUCAUUGGAAUGUGAAAGAGGCGUAUAAUUUCCUCUUAAAGUUGACUCGGAAUAAUCCUAAUUAA